AUGCCAAAACCAUUUGACAGUGAUCAUGCGUUGCAUAGUAACUUGGCAAGUUCUUCAACUGCAUCAUCGAUUCCAUCAACCGCAAGUAAUCAACAAUUUGAAUUGCGCGAAGAUGAUCGUUUAAAACAAGAGGAAGAUUAUCGUCAGGAAUUGAUGAAAGUACAAGACGAAAUUGUUACAUUGAGACAGGUUCUCGGUGCUAAAUUAAAACGCGAAAAUGAAUUAAAACAAUUAUUAGGCGUUGGAUUUGUUGAUGAUUUGAAACAAGAUUGGAAUGAAACAAUAAGCGAUAUUAAAUCUACGCAUGCCUAUCAGAAAACGGCUGAAACGUUAAAAACGGCUACUGAUAAAUUAACACCAACAAUACAAAGUGUGAAUACAUCAUUGAAAACAAAAUUGGGUUCAUUGCGAAGUAGUUCGUAUUUCAAGACUUUUGAAGAUAAACUAGGAUCUGGAUUAAACGCUGUUAAAACAAAAAUGACACAAUCCAAAUCAGCAAUGAAUUUCAAUCGCGAUGGUGACGAAAAUCUAUCUAGUGGUGUUAAUGAUGGAAUCUAUUCGCGUGAUGAAUCUAUGAAUUUUUCUAACACAACAUCAACAGCAGGUGGUGCAUUUGCUGAUAGCACCGGUACAAAUAGUAAUGCGUCUCCUUCGAGUGGAAAACAACCAUUGUUAAAAUAA